AGGCUGUCAAACCGAAGUUUCCACGGACGCGCACGCGAGCAGGGGAGCGUCACGCCGUGACAUGAGAUAAAUUAAACCUAAAAUUAAGCAAAACACAAGUGCGUUUCAAUCAAAACGCGACACAAGGCAGCGAUUCUUUGUGAAGGAUUUCUUCAAAGCCUCAAGCACGAAUAAUUUCUGAUAUCUGUGUAAUUAAUGGAGAAAAUAUGCGCAGGAUAUAAACAAGAGCUUUUUAUCAAUGUCCUUGUCUUUAAUGGUGUGCUGAGGAGACUAUAACAGGCCAAAGAGGCUUUGACGAAACCGGAUCUUAGAAAGCUGCUGUCCAGUCUUCAUACAUCAGUGCUUCAGGGUGAAGAUUUUUAAAGAUCAACUGAUCUCUGACAAUCACUUUUAAGCGAAUUCUGAACAACAAUCCAAAAUAAGAGGCCCUUGCUUUUAAAUUGACGUUUAAGGCCAAGACUAAAGGCUUUCACCUGGAUAUAUGCAAGAGAUGAUAGGACAGCCAUAAAUUUCUAUAACUGAAGGAACUUUCAAGACAUAAUCAAAUUCAUCAUGCAUCUGGAGGUUAAAGUUGCGUUGAACUUCAUCGUGUCCUACUUGUACAACAAGCUCCCGCGCCGUAGGGCGGAUCUGUUUGGUGAGGAGUUGGAGCGUAUCCUGGUGUCCCGCUUUGAAGGGCAUUGGUACCCUGAAGCUCCUUUACGUGGUUCUGCCUUCCGCUGCCUGCAUCUGGGAGCUCCCAGGGACCCUGUGGUGGAGCUGGCAGCCAGGAGGAGCGGUCUGGACACAGAGGAGGUCCAUGCCAAUGUUCCCCCCGAGCUCAGUAUUUGGAUCGAUCCUUACGAAGUGUCCUACCAGAUUGGGGAGAAAGGUGCUGUGAAAGUCCUCUAUACGGAGGAUCUCCCGGGUUUAGGGGGUGAUGCCGAAAGGUCCGACGUUGCUCUCAAAGGAGAUGUGGAGUUCGAGGAUGUCCGGAGUCUGGGUUUUAACCCAGAGGCUCAGGUGUUUGUUCCCAUCGGUGGCCAGGUGUCGCCAGUUAUGCUACAGUCACACUCCAGUUCGCCAGCUCCACUUUCUACCUCAUCUUGCCCGGGACUGUUCGGUUACGCCGCUCCCAGCACUCCCACCAAUCCCAGCACUCAUUCCUCCAACACAUCUACCCCCUCACCACCAGGCAGCAGCCUUUUGUACUCUACACCCAACUCGCGGCCCAUACCUCAGCCGAUCACCUUCACCACAGCCAGCUUCGCCGCUACCAAAUUUGGCUCCACUAAGAUGAAGUGCGGGAACCCUGGAGUUGCCUCCGGUUCUGGUGUCGUCACAGCUCCGCAACAGAGGAUGAUCACGUGCUCCCCAAGCACCAUCUCCCCACCAGGGCUGGUCAAGCACAAACCCCUUUCCCUCUCCAUGCACUCUCUAGCUGGACCCAUCCCAAGCCAAUUGUCUCCUAAUGCCAAAGAGUUUGUGUUUCCCGCUUCCCAGAGGCCCCUCUACUUUGAUGUUGAAGGUCCAUCAAUGGCGCCAUUCCAGGCUCCACACCCACAAGCCUCCUUCGAUCCAUUCUCCAGUCCACAACCAGGACAGGCUGUGGGAAUCAUUGGAGGCAACAGUGGGAUUUCCUUCAUAGAUAAACCUCCAUUUGUGGAAGGACUCGGAUACAACCUGCAGUACUCCGGCCAGGCCUUCCAACCUGUGGUACUGGCCAAUUAAAGUCUCAAAGCUGAAGAGAUCCCAGUGCUGAAACGCUUUCCUUGAGGACAUUUUUUUUUUCUUCCCUCCAUAUAUCAUUAACUACCACCAUGAUAAUUCAAGAGUAUUAUGACUACUAAUUGAGUGUUACUUGUGAUUAUUUUCCCUUCAUUUGUUUCUGGUUUCAUGAUGUUGUUUAUUUAUGAAUAUCUCUUGGAGUAACCAACCUCCUGUUGCACAGGUGUUUUUGCGUUUGUUGUUUUCACUAAUGAGUCACUUUAUUUCCCUAAUAUUUGUCUCUCUAAUCUGCUUUGAUUAAUGCUACUUUUUAAAAUCGACUCUGGGGUAAAAAGCUAAUAUUCUUACAGAAGAUUCUAGAUGUCUAAAAGGGAUUUUUGGAUGGUGUUUAUGUUCCGAAAUACGACACUCUGGAGAUUACAGCCACGUUAACAGUUCGGUCACACCUCAGUGGUCAUAAUUGAUUAUUUAUGGUAAUUUUAUGUUCUCUGAACCGACAUGGGUCUUGUGCUCUUGAGCUGAUGAUUAAGAGGCAGCUCACGUCUACUACAUUGCUUUAGCUUUAGGAUUCUCCUUUUCAGUUUGAACACAUUAAGUCAUAUCCUGAUGAAACCAGCAAGUGUUUAAACCCAUUCCUAGUGAGUCAUAUUGAGAAUUGAUGCAUAUUUUCAUACUCUCAGAUCUCGUUAGUUCAGACACCUAAGACAAACAGGCCGAAUGAUUGAUUGCAGGAUUGUUGAAGUCUGAUUGGUUUCACACUUGGGUUCCCAGUAGGAAGUGCGUGAAGGCAACCAUUGGAGGUUUUGAUUAACCACUGAUUGUCUUUGAAUGGGACAGGACACGAGAUUAAAGGUCAUUGGUGUGGAUACACUCCGAAUAGCUUGCCAGCACAGAGAUGGAUGUUGAAUUUAACGCUAUUUUUAUGUUCCUAAGGUCGUAAAUGGUGGUGAUGCUACAGUGAAAAUUGCACUUUGUAUUCUCCACUCUAGGACUAUGAAUGUUACCUCAUAUAUUCUGACUGCAGUGGCUGUGUUUUGUGAAGCGUUUUAUUGAGCUAGUAUGGAGGCUGGCGUUCUAGAAUCUUCCUGAAGGUAGAAGCCAAUGCUGGCUUCCUUUAUGACAUCACUUCCCCCUCAGCGUUCCCUUCCGUCCACUCCAGCAGCAUUGCACUUUACGCACCGGAUCUUUGGAAACUCCUGUAAUGCCUCACAGUAAACGCUAUAUGCUAGAUGCUAAAGGUCCUUUACUCGCCCUUUAAUGGCCAAUUAUGUUUGAACUAUAGCUUGGAAAUGUAGUUUAAAGAUUGUAUUAAAAAAUUGGUGAGAUGUUUGGGUGAGACUGUUGUUGUGAUGUCCCUCCUUGAUAUUUGAAAUGUGAACAUCAGCUUCAUGAUUAUUCUCUCAUUUCCAUUGGUUUCAUUUGGGGGGUGGGCGGGGUUUAGAUUUCUGUCUAAAUGCUAUGACUGGGUGUAUUUUUACAUUUGUUUGUAAUUUAUUUACAAUUUUUCUAUUUUGUUUUGUGAGUUUUUUUCAAAAGAGUUAUCUACGGCAUUUAUAAAGCAAAUUAAGAGAUAUAUACGACUAUGACGUGAAUAUGUAUAUAUUUCUUAUGUUCAAAAUCUUUUGUUUAGUUUCUUACGUGCUGAAGUUAUUUUUUCAGAAAUAACUAUAUGAAUAUAAAUGCAAUAUAUGCAAGAUGAAAUGACUAAUAAAAUGUUUAACAAAGUG